AUGUUGUGUGUGAUCCGUACGACUCCCAAAGAAGGGACCGGGGCGACUCCUUUCCACCUAGUGUAUGGCAGUGAAGCAGUCAUCCCUGUCGAACUCAAAGUCGAAUCCGAUCGGAUACAACACUACAACGAGAACAACGCCGAGCGGAGGCUUCUGGAGCUAGACUUAGUGGACGAAGCUCGCGCAAAAGCCGUCGGCCAGCUGAUGGCAUACCGAAAGAGGAUGAAGCAAAGCUACAAUCGGAGGGUGAUCCCGAGGUCGUUCCAGGUAGGUGACCUGGUAUGGAAGAAAGUGAAGUCGGUCGGCGACAUCAGCAAGAUGGAGGCCACAUGGGACAGACCCUUAAAGGUCAUGGAGAAGCUCCGGUCGAGCGCCUACUACUUGGAGGAUGAGGACGGACGAGGACUAGAGCGGCCGUGGAGCGUGAACCAUCUGCAACCUUACCGAGCCGGGUGA